GGGUAUUUCCAUUAUUUUUGCAUGGCUUUAUUUUUUUAUGUCUUCUUUGGCACCACAAACAUGGAACUUUAUUUCUUUUACUUGGUAUUUUAUCAUUGUUAUUGAAUGUAUUACUAAAGAUAACACGUGACCAUGAGACUUCUAAGUGUGGAGACCCUGUGUACAAGGUUCUCCACAGAAUGUUCAUCCAAUUCGAGGGAUGAAACCAGUGCUUGAAUUGAAUGGGGGACCCCCCCAUAAGGCAUUAGGGAUCCCCAAAGCAAGUAAAAAUAGACUUAAGGGAGUCCCCAAGAUUAUUUUAGCAACACAUAUAUGAAUUACACAACAACUGGGGACCCCCAUAAGACUUGACUUAAUUCGAGCACUGGAUGAAACCACAAUGAUCCUGACUUCCAGGCGACGCUGAAGUACACGUCAUUUUCAACCACGCGGGGGCGCUCUUCCAAAGGAACUUCAUGAAAACAGCUCAUCAGAUCCCUGAUGCUUGGAGAAUCCCACCAAAUCCUGCACCAAAUCCUACACGUGGUUCUCAUUUUCUUUUAGCGCAAGCACGUGCACGGCCGCCAGCUGCACGCGCACCGUGUAAACUUUCACGUCUUCGCCCUGCACGUCUUCCACGUUUCCACGCAACUCGAGAGACGUACAGACUCGGAGCAUCCCAGCGGGGUUUGUGUGCAGUACAGGAAGGCGUGACUCUCUCGGGUUGCCAGAUUGUGACGAAACCCCGGUAGGACAGAUAGACAACGCAAGCAAAGACUUCUGUGUCGUGAAGACGAGUCAUGAGGGAAACCCUUAAAAAAGAACAUAUAAAGGCCCAACAAGAGGUGGAUCCAACCUGGCAACCCCAGGACUCGGGCUGGACUGCAGACAAAAAAGUUGAGGGAGUUUUUGGGAAACAGAUGAGAGGAGACUGAAGCCACAUCGGACACAGAAGGACUUGUUGGACAUCACGAUGCCGCCACGAUGGUCUCUCCAGUACCGUCUGCCACUGUUGGCAUGCAUGUGGUGCCUGUGCCAAGCACAAUACGAAUAUCUGCUUUACCCCCAUGGUUACCCUGAGCCCGAGCAGGAUCACUACACCCCUCCACAGAUUCCUGCUGAUGUGCCAAGGAUCCAGUUACGCUUAGCCGGAGAGAAACGAAAGCACAACGAGGGACGCGUAGAGGUUUAUUACGAUGGCCAGUGGGGGACCGUUUGCGAUGAUGACUUUAACCACCAUGCUGCUCAAGUGGUGUGCCGAGAGCUGGGUUACGCCAACGCAAUCUCUGUGUUGCCUUCGGCUAAAUACGGGAAAGGAGAAGGCCGCAUCUGGUUUGAUAAUGUCCAUUGCACUGGAAAGGAAAGCACCCUGGCACAGUGCGGAUCUAAUGGAAUCGGUGUGUCUGACUGCAAACAUUCAGAAGAUGUUGGAGUUGUCUGCAGUGACAAGAGGAUCCCAGGAUUCAGAUUCCUAAAUUCAGUCACCAAUAACAUAGAUCAUUUGACGAUCCAAGUGGAGGAUGCACGCAUCAAGCCAAUUCUGGCCUCCUACAGGAAGAGAAUCCCUGUAACUGAGGGCUAUGUGGAGGUCAAAGAUGGUGGCAAAUGGAAACAGAUCUGUGAUGAGGAGUGGACUCCCAUGAACAGCAGGGUGAUCUGUGGCAUGUUCGGCUUCCCUGCUGAGAAGAAAUACAACGCACGUGUCUACAAAAUGUUUGCACGUAGGAAGCCGCCCUCGUACUGGGAUUUCUCGGUAAACUGCACAGGAAAUGAAGCCCACCUCUCAAGCUGUAACCUGGGACGUUCAAUGUUGACCAACAACACAUGUCGUCAGGGUAUCCCGGUCGUAGUGAGCUGUGUGCCAGGCAGAGCCUUCGCCCCGACUCCCUUAUCUGGCUACAGGAAAGCCUUCAGACAUGAGCAGCCGUUGGUGCGUCUGAAAGGGGGCGCCGUCGUCGGUGAGGGUCGGGUUGAGGUGCUGAAAAAUGGCGAGUGGGGCACCAUUUGCGAUGAUCGGUGGAACCUGGUGGCUGCGACGGUGGUGUGUCGAGAGCUCGGCUUUGGAACGGCGAAGGAGGCGCUCUCAGGAGGUCAACUGGGUCAAGGAAUGGGCCCGGUCCACAUGAAUGAGGUGCAGUGCACCGGGUUUGAGAAAUCUGUCACCGAAUGUGUCUUCAUUGUGGACAAAGACUCAGAAGGAUGCAACCACGAGGAAGAUGCUGGAGUCCGCUGCAACGUUCCCGCUAUGGGCUUUCAGCAGCGUCUGCGUCUGAGCGGAGGCCGUAAUCCGUUCGAAGGGCGGGUCGAGGUGCUAAUGGAGCGAAAUGGAUCCAUGGUCUGGGGCACGGUGUGUGGAGAAGGAUGGAGCACCAUGGAGGCCAUGGUGGUGUGCAGGCAACUCGGACUCGGCUACGCCAGCCACGCCUUCCAGGAAACGUGGCACUGGCCCGGGUUAGUGAGCGCUGACGGUGUAGUGAUGAGUGGUGUACGCUGUGCUGGUACUGAGAUGUCCCUGUCUCACUGUCUGCAUCACGGAGAGCACGUGAACUGCCCCAGAGGAGGGGCGCGAUACUCUGCCGGGGUCACCUGCUCAGAGACUGCGCCGGACCUGGUGCUGAACCCACAAGUGGUGGAGCAGACGACAUAUAUCGAGGACAGGCCCAUGUUCAUGCUGCAGUGUGCGUACGAGGAGAACUGCCUGGCCUCUACGUCCAGCUCGACUCCGGCCAACUCAUACCGACGCCUGCUGCGCUUUUCUUCCCAGAUCCACAACAACGGCCAAUCUGACUUCAAACCCAAAGCCAGUAGGGAAACGUGGGUCUGGCACGACUGUCACAGACAUUACCACAGCAUGGAGGUCUUCACGUAUUAUGAUUUGCUUAGCUUGAACGGCUCCAAAGUAGCAGAAGGACACAAAGCCAGCUUCUGCCUCGAAGACUCGGAGUGUGAUGAAGGCAUUGAAAAGAAAUACGAAUGCGCCAACUUUGGUGAACAGGGCAUCACAGUAGGGUGCUGGGACACCUACAGACAUGACAUUGAUUGCCAGUGGGUGGACAUCACUGACGUCAAGCCAGGGGAUUAUUUGUUCCAGAUUGUCAUCAACCCCAACUACGAGGUGGCCGAGUCUGAUUACACCAACAACAUUGUGAAAUGCAGGACUCGUUACGAUGGCCACCGCAUAUGGAUGUACAACUGCCAUAUAGGUGGCUCAGUGAGCGGCGAAACAGAAGAGCUGUUUCCCGGCCUUUUGAACAACCAGGUGACCCACAGGUAAAAGAUGAACAACACAACGGGAGGUUGGACCACUACGUUACCCUGAAUACUCGGUGCUAAAUACAUGCGACUAUGACAUGCGACAAUCCAUUGCGAUUCUGUUGGGAUGAAACAUACCUUACACCCCCAAACCCCUGAUUACACCAAAAAAAAAACAAAAAAAAACAGCUGUAUAAGAAAAAACACAACAAAAUUUUGGGCAUGUAAUGAUGAUAAUCAUAUGAUUGUGAUAAUGAUUAAUCUUUUAUAUGAUCUCAUGGAUCUUUCUCUUAAUAUUGUGGUACUCUUUGUUUAACUGAUUAUUGGUACAAAGCAAAUCUCCAACACUACCAGCUCCGGACAUCCAGAAAUGAAACCGUGGGUUAAAACAACCCCAACGCAAUGAAUCUCAAAGUGUGUCAAGGUGGCUUGAGGUAAUAAAAACAUAAACGCCUCCAUCAGCCAAUUGAUGUUGGUGAUUCAACUGAUUUUUUUUUUUUAUGCAUUUUUUUAUAGCCAUAACAAACAAACAAGACAAAAGGACUUGGGUCCAGAUUUGGGAAUAGGAUUAGCUGCCUUAACAUCAUUUCAGUAACAAAUAUUUCGUGAGUUUAUGUCGUACAGCUGCAGUUCUCUGGAGAAAUAAAACAGAAACCAUUAGUGAUAACAAUGACACUUCAUUCCCAGAGCUCUCGGUACCAAGAAAUGUUGCGCUAUUGAAUAAAAGAUCGUUUUUACCGACCCCAAAAAUCAGGGCAGUCAAAAUAACAAAUAGACAAUCUUGAUUUUUCUUUUAAAAGUUUUGAAUUUCUUAUGAUGUACAAGCAGCAGAUUAGCUAUUGACUGAUGCUAGUCAUCUAUAGUGCUAGCUUAACAUUUCUUGCUAGCUAGCUAUCAGAGAAAUAACAUUGUGUAUAUUAGUGCAUUGAACAACUAGUAUAUUGGCAGGAUACUAGUAAGAAAUACUGCACAGAGCAGGCUAAGUGACAACAACUUGCUAGCUAUCUGUACAUUUUUACAAAUAUUAAAAGAUUAGAAGCUCAAAAACACAUAAUUUCAGGUACUGUCUAAGAGAAGGUAAAUAAAUCUCCCCUGAAGCAUUUCAAUGAACACAUUAAAAAAUAUAUAUUUAUAGACACCUUUGGCUAUAUAGUUUAGCGUUUUGCCCGAUUCCUUCUAUUGUAUUAUUUUUUUUUAAAUACCUUUAAAGUUCAAAUAUGAACCCUUUUUUUUUAUUCCACUGAAGGUCUCAUGCUGGUUUUAUUUAAGUUCAUAGCAUUACAAUUUUACUCCAGUCCUAGCUUCAGUUAGUAACUUAUUUCAGGGAUUAUCUAACAACUGUAUGUAGCUCAUUGAUUUUAUUUGGUGAAAGAUGUCUUUAUAUUUUGUUGUUUUUUUGUUUUUCUUUUUUCCUGAAUUAGUGGUGCUAUCGAAGAUCUACCCUCUGUUUUUUAGAGGGUACGUGUUGUCGUGACAUUAUGCUUACUUGAACGGAACGUUUGAAAUUGUUUAAAAAGCCCAUACUGUGCAUUUGUAAUGUUGUUUAGCAGUAAAUAAAUGUAAGCAUUCAGGAAAACAA